UGCCGGGGUCGGAGCGGAAGCGGCGACUUAGCCGGCGGCCGGCUCAGAAUUAAGAUGCUCUGGUUUCAAGGAAAUAGCGUGCAUCUUGCCAAAUACUCCCUUCAACUCCUCAUGAGAAAUCUCUCUGCCUCGAAGACCAUUCUUCCUGUGCUGACCUUAUUUACAAAGGAUCCAUGCCCCCUUUGUGAUGAAGCCAAGGAAAUACUGGAGCCCUACAAAAACAGGGUUAUUUUACAGGAGGUGGACAUCACACUUCCAGAAAACUCUGCUUGGUAUGAAAGGUAUAAAUUUGACAUCCCUGUCUUCCAUUUGAAUGGCCAGUUUCUGAUGAUGCAUCGAGUAGACAUCUCAAAACUUGAAAAGCAGCUCCAGAAACUUGAGCAGCAAGGUGCUGGAUGCUGGAGGAUGCCUUCAUGAUCCGCCACCUACUCUGUCCAGAUGGCAUCUUCCUAAAGACUUUGACAUGGCCUUGCCCGGCCCUACAGACAUUCUGAACUAGGUGGUGCCCAAUAAAUAAAUGGUUACCUUACUCUUCUGACUGAUGGAAGUAUGGGAACAGUGUAGAAACUGUUUACAUGCUGGCAUUUUAUAAAAUGACAGGAGCAUAUCAGCAGCAAGGGGAUGAUGGAGGAUGGGGGAAAUGCACUUGUUUUAUUUAUUUUUCCCUUUUGUAUUAAUAUGGAAGCAUUUUACAUUCACUGGACAGUGCAGUUUAUAGGAGAAGGCUCUGCAUCCCUGCUGCUGCCCUAAGGGCUUAACUUUUUAAUGAAAGAAUAAAUGCUCUUCCACUCAGUAGAUA